AUGGCAAAUCAGCACUCAAAUGAAGGCUCCGGUCCCAGCAACAUUUCUGAGGAGACUUCUGAUUCAAUUGUUGAGAUCAAUAUCAAGACUUUAGAAUCACAGAUAUAUAGUUUUCAAGUGGAUAAAAAUAUGCUAGUGUCCUUGUUCAAAGAACAAAUAGCGAAUCAAACCGGUGUCCCAGUUGGUCAGCAGAGGUUGAUUUUCAGGGGAAAGGUGCUAAAGGAUGAUCAUCCCCUCUCCGAGUAUCAUUUGGAAAAUGGGCAUACAUUGCACUUGGUUGUGAGGCAGCCAUCCCAGCCACAAACUUCAUCUGGUACUAGUUCUGCUGAGCCUCAUGCUAAUACUGGAAAUGAGGGCAGUGGGCCUCCUCGUGGUCGCAUAGGGCAGGUUUCACACAGUGUAGUUCUUGGGACCUUCAAUGUUGGAGAUCAAGGUGAAAGCAUGGCCCCGGACCUUAGUCGGGUUAUUGGCGCGGUUCUGAAUUCUAUUGGAAUCGGCAACCAAGCUGCAACUAAUGUUACCAGCAACAUACAGUCUACUACGCCAAAUAAUCCCGGUCAGUCUCCUCAAGGAAAUGAAACAGAAGGGUUGCAUGGUAAUGCAACUAGUCAAAGUCAAGGAGGAAAUAAUGCGCCGUCCGGACAGACAUUUUCUUCUCAGCCAUUUCAAACUUUGCCUCAGUUUUUGCAAACUCCCCUUGCUGCUGGAGCUUCUCCCUUUCCUUCACUAAAUACGCCCAUUCCAGAUGCUUUGAACACUCUCUCUGAGUUUAUGAACCGCAUGGAGCGGGCAUUAUCACAAAAUGGAGGCUACCAACAAAAUAUAUCAGCAACAAACCCAGGAGACCUACCAAGGGUGAACUUACCUUCCAAUGCUCUGGGUUUGCCCACUCCUGACGCUUUGGGCAUUGUUCUUCGUAAUGCAGAACGACUUCUCAGCAGUCAUGCUGCUUCUGCACUAUCUCACAUUGCAGGGCGCUUGGAACAAGAGGGAGCAUCUGCUGAUCCAGCUGCAAGGGGCCAAAUUCAGACAGAAUCUAUUCAAGUAGGGCUUGCUAUGCAACAUCUAGGUGCUCUUCUUCUUGAGCUGGGCCGGACAAUUUGGACACUCCGCAUGGGACAAUCUCCUGGAGAAGCUGUUGUGAAUGCUGGGCCAGCAGUUUACAUAUCCCCAUCAGGGCCUAAUCCCAUAAUGGUGCAGCCUAUUCCUUAUCAAGCAAGCUCCCCUUUCAGUGGUUCUGUACCCUUAUCGAAUCCUAUGAAUUUUGGUCCUGUUGGCAUUGGAAGUGCUCCAAGGAAUGUAAACAUUCAUAUACAUGCUGGUACCUCACUCUCUGCACUUGGCGCUAGGGGAAGUAACGGGGAAGGGAUGCAGGGAGAACAUCGUAAUGGACCUGGGUCUAGAGAUUCAGGUGCAGUACGAGUGCUGCCAGUGAGAAAUGUCAUUGCUACCACCAUUCCAUCAUCCCAAACUGGUAUUUCAAUGUCCAGUGCCACUCAGCCUGGUUCAGGUGUAUCUGUUCCACAGCCGCCUUCAGACUCCUCUCUUUCAUCCAUCGUUGCUGAACUUAAUUCACAGAUAAGAAACUUGGUUGGUAACAAUCAAGGAAAUGAUGCAGUUCAAUCAGGUCAAGCAGUGCCCAAUGUUCAGAAUCCAUCUGCUGGCAUUGAAUCACGUAAUAAUACAGGGAAUGAGCAGCUCAGUAAUUCAGAUGUUAAUGGAGGUCUGCAAUCUAAUGCAUCGCUACCUCGUAGCACAUCUGAAAGUGAAGUUCAGAAGGCGUCAGGAAGUGUACCUCCCUUGAAAGAUGAUUCAAAAUUCCAAGCCAGAGAUUCUCUUUCAAGUGGACAAAUGCCAUGUCAAGAUGACAAAGGAAAUACCUCACAAACUGCUGCCAAACAGGGUAUGACCGAGGGUGCAAAAGCUGUUCCUCUUGGAUUAGGACUUGGAAUGAUGGAACGUAAGAGACAAGGCAGGCAGCAGAAGACUCCUCAAGAGAAUAGUGAUAGCGGAACGACUAGCUCUUCCUCCAAUCAGAAUCAGCAAGUAACAAGUGCCCAACAACUUUUGCAGUCUCUUGCAACUCGUAGUACUGCUGGCAGUAGGGUGAGCACAAUUGAUACUCCUGCAAGGCAAGCAGCCCCCAAUGUUGGGCAGGUUAGAGAUGGUAGAUCAUCGGGAGUGCAAGGUCCUGGUGGCCAAGUUGAUAUGGGAAGUGUGAUGUCUCAGGUCCUGCAGAGUCCUGCUUUAAAUGGUCUGUUGACAGGUGUUUCGGAGCAAACUGGGGUUGGUUCUCCUGAUGCACUGAGGAAUAUGUUGCAGAACUUUACACAGAGUCCACAGAUGAUGAAUGCUGUCAGUCAGAUUACUGAACAGGUUGACACCCAAGAAUUUGGAAACUUGUUUGCUGGGCUUGGUGGAGGCCAAGGUGGUGGAAUUGAUAUGUCAAGGAUGUUCCAACAGAUGAUGCCCAUUGUAUCUCGUGCCCUAGGGGCAGGGUCUUCACCCGCUCAGCCACUUCCUGUCAUGGGAACUGAAUCACAUUCACUGUACAACGAGAGGAAUCUCAACAGAGAUGAUAAUGAGAUUGACCUCCAACAAGUGGUUCAAAGGAUUGAGCAGCUGAAUUCACCCGAAGAUGUUUUCCAAGCUGUAGUUGAAAAUUCAGUUCAGCUAUCUGGCAGAGGAAGCAGUCCACGAGAACUUGUGGAUGAGUUGUGCAGGGACGAGGGUCUCUCCAGUGAAUAUGCUGAGAUCUUACGGACGGAUAUACGUCAAAGACUUGAGGGUGAGUGAAUCACGGCAGGACGAGUGCUAAUACUGCCUUGCGGGUGCUGCUAAGGAUAGGGUUGUUGGCUAUUACAAGUUUCCCAAACUUGGUUUUAUUGUGUUUUACAAGAUGUUACUUUAAAUUAUUUCACAGGCUGGUAAGCAGCGAUGUACAAAUUUAGGUUUUGGGCGUUAAUUUGGUCGUGUAUCAUAUUAAACUAUCAGGAACUUGUCCUUGUGAGAAAUUAAUCGUUGAGCAACCAUUCUGAAACUUCCUGCAUU